AUGAGGGUCCAGAGCCUCCUACUCCUAGUGGCCCUCCUGGCUUUGGGAAGCUGGCUGCCUUCUGCCUCUGGACGAAAGAAGGGAGAGAAAUCAGGGGGCUGCCCGCCAGAUGAUGGGCCCUGCCUCUCAUCGGUGCCUGACCAGUGUAUAGAAGAUAGCCAGUGUCCCUCGACCAUGAAGUGCUGCUACCGAGCUUGCUUCCGCCAGUGUGUCCCCAGAGUCUCAGUAAAGUCAGGCCGCUGUCCUGAGGACCAUCUGCACUGCCUCAGCCCCAUGAACCACUUGUGCCACCAGGAUGUGGACUGCUCAGGCAAGAAGCGGUGCUGCCUCAGUGCCUGUGGCCGAGAUUGCAGAGACCCUGCCAGAGGGUUGUGGAUUGAAGCGAAGUUGUACCUGUCAGAAGAAGACACCAGGUUUCUUGGAGCUUUCAACCUCUUCCAUGAGAAGAGCUUGCCCAGAAGCCACGGAUCUCCGCAGAGGAGACACACGGAAGCUGAGCUGUCCUAG